AUGCCCUAUCAAUUGACCCAGAACCCCUCACCGCUCAUCCCCUCGGUUCCCCAACUUGACGGAAACUCGGUUGUAUUCCCAGCGUGGCGCGCGCGGAUCGAAGAUGUCCUCGCCAUCCAGGGGGUGCUAGAUAUCGUUCAAGGCAAGGUUCCUCGUCCCAAAGCCGAUGCGGCCGACACGAAACCGCUAGUCCGUACCGAGAAAGGAUACAAUCCGGAGGAAUUUCGCACCGAUUGGGAUACCCUUUCGGAUAUUGCACGGUCUAGAGAUGGGCCCGUCGCAUCCGGAUAUCCGUUCGGAUUCGGAUAUCCGCUCGCGUUUUCAGUGGAAUCAGACAUCCGCAUCCGCAUCCGCAUCCUCCAGCGGAUACCCGCUGGCGCUGGCGGGUAUCCGCGCGGAUAUCCGCGGAUAUCCGGCCCUUAA